AUGAGGCUAUGGUCAAUAUUGGUCGUUAUUGUGUGUUUGAUGGUGUUGGAUGUUUCCGCGGCUCGCAAUUCUGUGUUGCCUCGCACAAAGAAAGAAGCGCAAAGAGCGUUUGUGGUUCUCUUGGUUCAAAGUAAGGGUGUGCUAUUAAUGGUUGCGGAUAAGAAGAGUAAGGGAUUACAUUAUCAGUUACCAGGGGGUCGAGUUGAUGAGGCAGACUUCAAACAGCUGGGUAUCAAACCUGACGCACGGACCCUCGUUGAAGAAGACAUGAUUAAGGUAGCUCGAAUAGCGGCAGCGCGCGAGAUAUUUGAAGAAACCGGGUUCACUUUGGAACCGGAAAAGCUACAGUAUAUAUCGGCGAUUUCUGAGAAAAUUGCCACCAAUAGAAAGCGGAACGGCUACAUGAGAGGCACUCAACUACCCAGCAAGCUCUAUUUCACAGCCGAGAUCCCGUACGAACAAUUCCUACGACAGUCAGUCGUCCUAAGUUCCGAACAUAUCGGUUACGUGCUUGAACCCAACUACAGAAAGGUGCCCGACAUGAUCAAAGACCACUCAGGCGGUGACAAUGCAGACGCGUUCAAAAUGCUGCUAAGAGAGACCGGCGAUAAAAUCGUCUUCCAGUGA